AUGGGCGCGUGACAGUGCGCGCUCCCGCGGCUGUUUACGGGACACGAGCUGCUGUUCUCUCCAGCGCGUUCAUAUGAUCUGAACAUAGAAUGAUUGCGUUUCCAAUGCAUUUAAAUGUGCUCAGACAGCGCGAUUAACGCGAAGCAGGCUCGUCAGUGUGGUUUUUAUGAUGUAUCGCUCUUUAUUCGCCUUCAAUUCUGCGGAGCGGAACGCACUGCACUUCCCCGCGGGAGAAUCAUUUAUCAUUCUCGAGCGCAGCAGCGCGCACUGGUGGCUCGCGACACGCUGUAACUCCGGCGAGACGGGAUACAUCCCUGCGACAUAUAUAGAGAAAAUACCGACUCCGAAGCAUGACGAGGUUCUGCAGUCGAUUGAUCGAGCCAUUGAAGCCAUUCACAAUGUGGCCAUGACGAAUGGAGGCAAAUACAAUCUGGAGCAGAGAGAUGUUCUGCAGAAGUUGAUCCAUCACAGGAAGGAGACUCUGACUCGCAGAAGUCCCACUGCAUCCAAUCACAAGCAGAAACUCCCAUCAUCCUCUAGUGACGUGUCAUUGAGCCGAACAUCGCAGCCACCCAAUGGCCUGAACCGUACUUACAGCUGCCAGAGUAAUGAGCCCGUCUCCGAGAGCUGCGCUGGUGCUCCUGGACUCUAUCAGGUUCCUCCUCAUCCUCGUCGCGCGGCACCUGUAACGCCACCAGAGAAACGCAGAGAGCCGCUACGCAACGAUCCAGAGGUGCCAACUAGAGUGUCCUCCUCAAGCCCCGCCCCCAAUGCUGUGUCAGUUGCUGCUAUUGGACACACUCCGUCGGUCAGCUCUGGCUCCUCCCACUCUAUGAUCUCCUCAGAUGUCAGUCUUCCCAGUGUUAGCAGCACUCCGCCCCCAGUGCCAAAACGAGGCAAGGCUCCGCCCCCUCCCCUACAUGACCACUCCCCAUCCCCCCAGCAAGACCUUUCUAAGAAAGGCCCGGCCCCUCUGCCAAUCACUUCACAGGCUCCACCUCCUCUCCUGGCUGACCAGUCACCUUCUCCGGAUGUUUCUAAGAAGCCAGCACCUCAGCCAAUCAGCUCACAGCCUGCUUCUGAGCAACAGUCAGAAGCGGAGUUUCCAUUGGCACCACCCCCCAUUUCUCUCAGCCCCUCCCUCUCUGCGGGCGUGCCCAUGACGAUUGGAGCAGAACUGAUCGAACUGGUGAGGAAAAACACAGGCCUUAGUUACGACCUUUCUCGUGUUGCCGUGGGCAUCGUCGUGGGACACCUGCAGAGCGCUUUACCGACAGCAACAUCCGACCUGGAGCAAGUGCUGCUGUCAUUAGUGGAGAGUAAGGAUUUGAGCUCGGCGCUGCCGCUCGGGCAGGUGUGUCAUGACGAGCAGCGGCUGCAGGUGAUCUUUAGUGAUUUGGCGCGUCACCGUGACGACUCUCAGCAGCGCAGCUGGGCUCUUUAUGAAGAUCACGCGCUCAUCGCAUGUUACCUGGAGGAACUACUGCAGAUACUGACGGACGCAGAUCCCGAGGUGUGUAAGAAGAUGUGUCGUGUGAACGAGUUUGAGCCGGUUCAGUCGCUGGUGUCGUACUAUCAGAUGGAGCAUCGCGUGUCACUGCGUCUGCUGCUGUUGAAGGUGUUUGGUGCGAUGUGCAGUCUGGACGCGGCACUCAUCUCCGCUCUACUGAACACAGUGUUGACCAUGGAGCUGGCGCGAGACCUGCAGAACGACACACACGAACAUGAGAAGAUGUGUUACAGCGCGCUGCUGCUGGCGAUGAUCUUCAGCAUGGGUGAACAGAUCCCGCUGCAUCACUACGAUCAUUUGAACAGCAGUUUCCUUGAGUUUCUAUUGGACGUGAUUGAAGACGGUUUGCCCUCUGACCUCACCGAACAGCUGCCCGACCUCUUUAUUAACCUGCUGCUGGCGUUCAACCUCCACCUGAGCGCUCCAGACAGUAAUAUGGUGAUGCAGGCGCUGAUCAAGAGACACAAUGUGAAGAUUCUCACUGAGAAGAUGUUAUUACUGCUCAACAGAGGAGAGGAUCCCGUGUGUGUGUUCAGUCACGCUCCUGCCGCGCCGCACGCUGUGCUCAAGUUCCUGCAGGAUGUGUUUGUGAGUCGAGACACGGCGGAUAUUUUCUACCACUCAGAUCUGAUGGUGAUGAUCGACAUUGCAGUGAGACAGAUCUCAGACCUGUCGCCUGGGGAUAGAAUGCGAAGGGAGUAUCUGUCUCUGAUGCUCGCCAUCAUGCGCUCCACCGAUUAUCUGCAGCAUCAGCAUCGACUGCCGGACCUGCAGGCGGCGCUGCACAGGAUUCUGGGCGAGGAAGACGAGGACGAAGGUUCGAGCAGACAGAUGGACAAGCUGAUCGUACAGCAGAUGUAUAAAGAGUUUCCUCACAUCUGUAGAAACUGAGGUGGAGUUCACAUGAGGCAUGCUGGGUAAAUCUCAUGUCAUGUGACUGGAUCUGAAUAAUGUAGCACCUUCAUCAAUCCAGUAACCUGUUAGAAAAGUUCCUCACAUCCGUCACGAUGGUCUUAAACAUCUCUUACUGACCCGUUUCUGUCAUGUGUUUCUCUCUCGACCCCACAAACACUCUUUUAUGUGCUUCUGAUUAGUGCAACCUGCUGACACGUCCUGACCUUUGACCCCUAACCCAAACUGUAAGACUAAACGACCCCUGACCAUUCUCACAUCAGUAAAAGGUGUAUUUUGAGUUCAUUAAUACAUGCAACACACAGCGGAUGUGUGAACACACUUCAGUUUAAACGGGUUUGUGUAUGUGAGUGUUUGUUAUUUCACCUGCUUAAACAUAUGAUAAAAAUCUAUUUUUCCCCUUUGAAACAGUGACAUACUAUAUUUUCAUAAUGUUGACAAACUAAUAAAAUGCUACCAUGCUAAUGCAC